GCGCCAUGCGCAGACUCAGUUCCUGGAGAAAGAUGGCGACAGCCGAGAAGCAGAAACACGACGGGCGGGUGAAGAUCGGCCACUACAUCCUGGGGGACACGCUGGGGGUCGGCACGUUCGGCAAAGUGAAGGGGAUGGAAGAGGAGAACCCUUCCUUCUCUUGCCCUUUCUGAGUCAUAGAACUGGAAAAUUGCCGUAUAGCCAGCCCACAGGCAAGCAACUGCCUAAACCUUCUUAUGAAAAUCAGCAAGGCCAACAAUGUAAGGUGACUCUUGAAGUACCACACACUGGCAAAGUCAGCAACCUCUCCAAAUAUAGAAAGGCCAAUAUUAGUCAAAGCAUCACAGGUUUCAUAGUUGGCAAACAUGAAUUGACUGGGCAUAAAGUUGCUGUGAAGAUACUCAAUCGCCAGAAGAUUCGAAGCCUCGAUGUGGUUGGAAAAAUCCGCAGAGAAAUUCAGAACCUCAAGCUUUUCAGGCAUCCUCAUAUAAUUAAACUGUACCAGGUCAUCAGUACACCAUCUGAUAUUUUCAUGGUGAUGGAAUAUGUCUCAGGAGGAGAGCUAUUUGAUUAUAUCUGUAAAAAUGGAAGGCUCGAUGAAAAAGAAAGUCGACGUCUGUUCCAACAGAUCCUUUCUGGUGUGGAUUAUUGUCACAGGCAUAUGGUGGUCCAUAGAGACUUGAAACCUGAAAACGUCCUGCUUGAUGCACACAUGAAUGCAAAGAUAGCUGAUUUUGGUCUUUCAAACAUGAUGUCAGAUGGUGAAUUUUUAAGAACGAGUUGUGGCUCACCCAACUAUGCUGCCCCAGAGGUCAUUUCAGGAAGAUUGUAUGCAGGCCCAGAGGUAGACAUAUGGAGCAGCGGGGUUAUUCUCUAUGCUUUAUUAUGUGGAACCCUUCCAUUUGAUGAUGAUCAUGUGCCAACUCUUUUUAAGAAGAUAUGUGAUGGGAUCUUUUAUACCCCUCAGUAUUUAAAUCCAUCCGUGAUUAGCCUUUUGAAACAUAUGCUGCAGGUGGAUCCCAUGAAGCGGGCCACAAUCAAAGAUAUCAGGGAACAUGAAUGGUUUAAACAAGACCUUCCAAAAUAUCUCUUUCCUGAGGACCCAUCAUAUAGUUCAACUAUGAUUGAUGAUGAAGCCUUAAAAGAAGUAUGUGAAAAAUUUGAAUGCUCAGAAGAGGAGGUUCUCAGCUGCCUUUAUAACCGAAAUCACCAGGACCCUUUGGCAGUGGCCUACCACCUCAUCAUAGAUAACAGGAGAAUAAUGAAUGAAGCCAAAGAUUUUUACUUGGCGACAAGCCCACCUGAUUCUUUUCUUGAUGAUCACCAUUUGACUCGGCCCCAUCCUGAAAGAGUACCAUUCUUGGUUGCUGAAACACCAAGGGCACGCCAUACUCUCGAUGAAUUAAAUCCACAGAAAUCCAAACACCAAGGUGUAAGAAAAGCCAAAUGGCAUUUGGGAAUUAGAAGUCAAAGUCGACCAAAUGAUAUCAUGGCAGAAGUUUGUAGAGCAAUUAAACAACUGGAUUAUGAAUGGAAGGUUGUAAACCCAUAUUACUUGCGUGUUCGAAGGAAGAAUCCUGUGACAAGUACCUACUCCAAAAUGAGUCUACAGUUAUACCAAGUGGACAGUAGAACAUACUUACUGGAUUUCCGUAGUAUUGAUGAUGAAAUUACUGAAGCCAAAUCCGGGACUGCUACUCCACAAAGAUCGGGAUCCGUUAGCAACUAUCGAUCUUGUCAGAGGAGUGAUUCGGAUGCUGAGGCUCAAGGAAAAUCCUCAGAAGCUUCUCUUACCUCAUCGGUGACCUCACUUGACUCUUCUCCUGUUGACUUAACUCCAAGACCUGGAAGUCACACAAUAGAGUUUUUUGAGAUGUGUGCGAAUCUAAUUAAAAUUCUUGCACAGUAAACUUAAAACUUUGCUUAUUUCUUUGAGAGCAAUAAGCAUGUAUAAUAAAUCAUAGCCAAAUGCUUCCAUUUAUAAUCAAGUUAUGUAUAACUAUAACUGAAGAUUGGCCUUUUGGAAUGCAGUUUGCACAGGGAUUGGAACAUGAUUAAUAGUUAAAAGCCUAAUGUGCAAAAAUGAAUUUAGAUAAUUUUAUUGUUCGUUGUUCAGUAGGAAUAUAGCAUAAUAUAAUAUACACAAUGAAUUAUAGGUCUCUCAGGCUCACUUGAUUUUUGGCUAUUUUAUAUUUAGUGUACACAGGGCUUUGUAGAAUAUUAAUUUACCAUGAAGGCCUUCGUAUAUUAUUCCAUGUUGGUGUGUUAUAUAUUUGCUUCAUAAAUUUAUUCAAUAAAUAUUUGCCUAGAAUCCCCAGAGACCUUUAUAGAUGAAUUUCUUUUCUGAGCUCCUUAACUUCUUAAAUAGCAACUAUCUUCCAACAGUAGGAACAGUCUGGAUGACUCUUCCAUAUCCCCCCCUUAAUAUUCUGUAGUCUAUGGUAAGUCAUAUCAAAGAUUUUAGACACAAUUAAAAAUUUUUCUUUAGCUUGGUAAGCCCCAAAACACACAGAACUUACAUAUUCAGAUACUCUAGGCACUAAGUUUAAUCUUAAAAUUUGUCUCAUUCUAUUCUGUACAUAAAUUGCUCUUUUUGUCACAAGAGCUGAGUUGCAUAUACUGUAAAUAAAUCAUGUUAUUUUGCCACUCUCACAAAUUCUGCUGCUCAUCAUGUCGGGGUAUUGAAGGUAUGCAAAAAUUUCUAGCCAUUCGAUUAUCUAUCUUUUAAAUCGAUUCAGUGUGCAGAAAGCACCUCUCUUACAAACUGUUCAAACGCUCAGAUAAGACUAUUUCUCCCAAAUUUUAUUAUGAACAUUUUUAAAAAUAGAAAAAUUGAAAAGCUGGAGGGUGAUCCCACGUGUAUGUACUACUUAGAUUCAGUACUUGUUAACAUUUUGCCAUAUUUGCUUUAUCUGUAUCUAUCUAUGUGUAUAUAGAUAUAGUUAGACAUAUAUAUGCAUGUGUAUAUAUGCCUUUUUUCCCCCAAACCAUUUGGAUGUUGCAGACAUACUCAUCACCCCUCAACAUUUCAAGCAUCUCCUAAAAAUAAUGACAUUUUCCUAAAAAACCAUAACAGCAUUAUAAAACUAGUAAUUCCAUAAUGUUAUCUAAUCAUGCAUAUUUAGACUUCCCCAGUUGUCCUCCAAAUUUCUUUUAUAGCUAGUUAUUUCAAACUAGGAUUCAGCUAAAGUUUACACAUUACGUUUGGUUAUGUCUCCCUAGUCAGGUGUGACAUUAUUAUUAUUCUGAUAGAAUAUGGAAUAAAUCAGUUCUUCUAGAUGGUUACAUUUGUUUUGGGUUUUAAUUACUUUUAAAAAAGUAGCAUUAUGGGAACUGCCUGAAGAUGCUUAAUCUUCCUAAGAUCUCUGAUUUAUGUUUUUUCUUGCUCUUAGUAAUAGCAUUACAUAAUAGGUGUAAAUGAAGAUUUAAAGUCACCUCAGAUAAAAUUGGUAUCGUGUAUUCUAAUAAGUAAAAAAUUAACUAUCAGCCAUAAUUGCCUUAGACUAUUUUAACUUCAAGAAAUUGAUUUUGGUGGGGGGGUAUUAGUCAUUCUUCCAUUGCAACACAGCUGUUCUUUUUUUCUCUUUUAAGACUCUGUAUUAUAGGAUUGGUUUGUGAAGUAACAGCGAACACCUAUGUAACCAGACAGUAAUGUCCUCAAAUAUUCUGACAGCUUGCAUAAAUUAUUACUGUGGUCGUAGAUUUGGCUUCAGCACCCCUGGAAAUGUGCACUGAAUUCAAAAGAAAAAUCUUGCUUCUUUUUUUGUCCAGGGCUUGUUCUAUUCAACUUCGAAUCGGAAAGCUAUAUAAAAUAAUAGAGGAGUUCCAUUUAAAUAUAAGUUCAACCUGUAUUUAUAAUUUGUAUGUGGCCUCUGUUUGGGGGAUAUUGAUUUCACAGAUGCUGUCAAUGCAGCAUUAUGUUCCUGAUGUUAAGAACAGAAGAGUGUAUUUUUAAAGUCACAGAUUUGUAUAUAGAACUAACAUCGCGGUGAAGUCUCUGAGCUGUUGUGGGGAGGGGGGAACAAAAGGAGGAACCCAUUGAAUAGGACCUUCUAAAAAUUGUUAAUUUUGUAAACUUUGCUUCUUUUUAAGUUAUUGUGAUUCCUUUUAGUUACUGAGUUUUAUUUUGAAGAUAUUUAAAUAUUGCACUUGUACAAUAGUAUGAUAAAUGCACAGAAUAUUGCAGUGAAUUCUUUUUUAAGCUGAGAUAUUUGAAAUGAUAACUUUUGGUUGAGUAUGUCAAGGUUGCAUCAGAAUUUUCACAAAUUUAUUGUGGUUUGCAAAUUCUUAUUAAAUGAAGCUAUAAGGGAGUCAAUGCAAAUGAUUUUUAAUCUUUUUUUAUCUUUUCAGCAAUUUAUAUUUUUUGUGAUUUUAUGCAACCAUAUUUUUACUUUGUCUUGACAACUGAAAGAUGUAUAAGGUUUUUGCCAGAAGUGUACUGUAUACAUAGUUUUAAAUAUAACAGAUUUUACUGAUAUGUAAAAAUUUUGCCAUUAAAAUAAAUGAUUUCUCACUGAGAGGAACUUUUCUACCAGGUUGGGGGAUGUGGGAGCUUAAUAUAUCAUAUCUAAUUUAAAUAAUUUCACUGAAAUAAACUCCAUUGCUUUUACUUUGGUUAUAUUUUCUCUUGAGAUGCUUUUUGUAGUUUUUCAGAGUUUUAAAUGAUUUUAUACAAAAAAUCCUGCCCUCUGCCCCUCCACCCCCUGCCCCGCUCCCUUUUGACCUGGUAGUAAUACCAUUCACAUUGAAUUAAUGCUUGGUGGACUGUUGCUGGCUGUAGAAUUUCAUGUGUCUAUGCUCUGGCACUUUUGGAAUGAAAGAAAAAUGUGUGUUGUUUCAAUCUUUUCCCCUUAAUUCCCUCCAUCUCCCCUAUCCACAAUAGAAAUCUCAUUGUCAUCAUGAGUUCUGACGAGAUGGAUAAAAUUCCACAUACAACGUAACUUAAGUGGGUGGUAGGGUAGAAAUCAGUCUUUGUGGUACAGCAUUUCUGAGAUGUGUUCAUGUAUGUUUUAACUGGAGUAUAAGUAGAUAACUUCAAAUACUUUGAUUUGGAAGAUGGGUAAUAAAGGAAAACAUCAUUUUUCAUCUGUUA